CACUUCUUCUCAUUCGUCUCGUUGACUGUUAAAACAAUCAGUUGAAUUGCCACACUUAUUUCGACAUUAUUACGAGUAAUAUUGAAGUCUUCAGUUGCAAAAUUUAGUGGCUGUUAACAUCAUUAAAAUUUUAUAAGAUGUUCAACUACUCAAUUGGGAUGUUUGCCGAUUCGGAAAAGAUUAAGCUGUCGUAUGAGAUAUUCUCAACGAUAAUAUGUUUUGUGGGUAUCUGGACGAAUUAUGUCAUCAUCAGGACGAUUCUAAAGAACAAGUCGAUGAGGACACCGACAAAUUCCUACAUUUCCAACUGGGCGAUAUACGACCUACUUUAUUUAAUCUUCGUACCGGUAAACUUUUUAUUAGAAGCAACAGUCGAAGGGGAUGAAGUCAUUUGCGUGUUCAAAGACAUUGAGGGCAACUUGGAGUUCGCAACGAUAUUGUUAAUUACAAUUUUCUUGUUCGACUAUUUCAUUUCGUCGAAUUACAGGAAAUUCUUAACCGCUUCUUGGAUGCUUAUUGUUGUUAUAAGUAUCGCAUCGAUUAUUAAUUGUACCGUUGGCGAUCCUCAUAUUAAUUUUCCCGAAAUUAUGUCCAGUGUCGGUUAUGGAAUUUUGUUUGUUGUAUUUAUCGGAAAAUUAAUUUCUUAUAAUUUAAAUAGUGAGCAACAAAACGAUAGCAAUUAUAGAUUGAGAUUAGCUGUUGCUUUUACUUAUGUUUUCUCUUGGAUUUUCAAAUGGUUCUUCUUAUACAUCGCUUAUGGAUCCGAAAAUAAAUUGUAUGGAUUGUUGUCUUGGCACGCUAAUAUAAUCGGAUUUACUAAUUCAAUCUUUAACGUUUUCGUAUUGACCUUAUUAAACAAACAGUUUUAUACGAAUUUAUUUAAAAUGUUGCAUUGUAGAGCAGAAUUAGCUUUGCCCUCUGAUAACGAUCGUGGUACACAACUUAAUCAAUAAAAAAAUAAUUAUAGCAAUUAUACAACAUUAAAAGUUUAAUAUUAACGUGUUAUUACAUUAUUUUGUA